CGGGCGAUUUUGAAACACUGCAGUGGUAUUGAAUGAGCUACACGGACUCUAGAAAUUUGCAGGAUGAGCAGCAGCAGGACACCGCGACCUGUUAGCAGCGGUCAGGGUAGCAAGAACAACAACAUUAGCAAAACAAAUGGAAGCAGCCCACCACAAAGGAAAUCUGCCCGGCUGUCUGGGAAUGAAGAAAACUUGCCUCCUAAAAUUGAGGUUCCCAGUGUGCCUGUUAAACGGUCCAUCCUAGUGCGAAAAAUUGCACCAAGGAAAACCCAGAUUACAUCAGAACCAACCAAUGAAAAUGAGGAAAGAUCAUCCAUUGUUGGCAGAAAAAGAUCCAAAGGCUCGAGUCCAAAACAAGCCGAGACGACUACAUCCAAGCCUACAGUCCUCUCUCCUAUUCAGUCCCCUGCACCCCCUCUUUCUCGGUCCAGUUCUGGGAGAAAAAGAUCAAAAGGCUCGAGUCCAAAGCAAGUCGAGACGGCUACAUCCAAGCCUACAAUCCUCUCCCCCAUUCAGCCUCCUUCCUCCCUUCCUCCUAGAUCCAGUUCUGGGAGAAAAAGAUCAAAAGGCUCGAGUCCAAAACAAGCCGAGACGACUACACCCAAGCCUACAAUCCUCUCCCCUAUUCAGCCUCCUUCCUCCCUUCCUCCUAGAUCCAGUUCUGGGAGAAAAAGAUCAAAAGGCUCGAGUCCAAAACAAGCCGAGACGACUACACCCAAGCCUACAAUCCUCUCCCCUAUUCAGCCCCCUGCAUCCCCUCCUCCUAGACCCAUAGAACCAGAGCAGGACCCCGUGUGGUCCAACAAAGUCCGCCGCUCGUACAGCCGCUCGAGCAUGAAUGACCGCUCUUUCGAGAGCCCCAAACCUCAGUCCGCCUCAUCCCCCUCUCGCCGGGAGACGCUGUUCGGCUUCGAGAAGCUUCAGACCCCUGAGGUGAUCCGUAAAGCCGACGUGUCAAAGGGAGCGUCGUCUUCUAUUGGUGUGGGAUCCUUCAACCUGUCGGCAGCUAACGACAGUGUCUGUAACACGCCAGAGCCUGACCUGAACAUCCCUGGUGUUUGCUUGGUAAAGAAGAACACUCGGAGGAAGAGGGUUCAGCAGAUAAAGAUGUCAGAAUUGGACGUUCUAGCUGCACAGAUGAAUGCUGAGUUUGAAGAAGCUGAGUGUUUCGAGCUGGUGGUGGAGUGAAACCACACAACAGUUAAACAGACAACAGAGUCAGAUGCACACACACACAAACAGACUGGACUGUAACUGAUCUUGCCUCGGUGUAUCACAUGAGCGCAUUGCUUGUUUUGGCGGUCAUCUGUGUAAACGACAUUAAUCAAGUUUGCUUCAUCUGUCCUCGGGUUAAGGUUGGAACAGAACGGAAUAAGCCAUUGCAUUAGGGUUCACUUUGCUCAGGCAUUUACUGGGAUAUUUCUGGCUUUUCACUGUCCUUUUAAGCAAAACAGUCCAGAUCUGAUUUAUUUAACUGCUGUUAUACUAUAUGGCCAAAAGUGAAUGGACACACCCGCUUAUUAUCGGGGUCAAUUAUUUUAGCCACACCUGUGAGCACAAAUAUAGGACAAAUUUUGCUUCCAAUUGCAACAAUUUAUGCACUUAGCCAGGUCUUUAAAGUCAUGGCUUGACUCAGAUCUCACAAAUGCUUUGGAGAGUGAAUUGACACAAUUUCCCCCCUCUCACACACACUUCAAAUUAACAUGCUGGCCAGUCCCAUAUUCAUACAUAUGGUUUUGGAAGAAGGUGUCCACCUACUUUGGCCAUAUAGUGUUUUUUUGUUUUGUUUGCUAUACUGAUGUACACUGAUCAGCCAUAACAUUAAAACUACUUCCUUGUUUCUA